GCUGUACUGUGCUGUGGAUGUGUGUCUUGUGCAGUGUAAGCAAAGUGUAUAAGGACUUUCUUCACAUUAUAUUUUGUGAUGUGAUGGUGUGGUAAUAGAAGGUUGUGAGCUCCAAGUGGAGUUAAGGAAUUGCCAAAGAAAUGAAAACUCUGCAUGGGCCGGAAAUCUGCAGCCUGCACUUCUAUAAACUCUUCAUAAGAGUGCGGCCGUGGGCGCAGUCUGGACGACUCUGAUUGGUCGGCAGCGCCUUCCAGCGGGCCGGCCGGCCAAUGGGCGUCGCCGGUGCGGGUCGGCCGGCCCGUCUCGGGUGUCGGCCGCGUCGGGUCGCCGGCGGAGGUGCUCUGGCCGAGCUCACUGCGACUUCAGGGCGGACACGGAAUCCAGCCUCCGAGGCCGCAGCCGAAGUACGUAGGUCGCCGAUCUCUCAGCUCUGAGCCGCCCCGCAGCCGGCAGCCAUGGUCAUCGAGAAGCAGUACAAGCCGGAGGACGAGCCGGAUCCCGAGCCGUACCUGUUCGUCUCUCUCGAGCAGAAGCGCAUCGAUGGCACCAAGCCGUACGAUGCCAAGACGGCCUGCUGGGUGCCCGACCCCAAGGAGGGCUUCCUCCUGGGAAAGAUCGUCAAGACCGAGGGCGACAAGACCAUCGUCCAGAUGCCCAACUUUGAGGAGAAGGAGUACAAGAAGUCGUCGCUACAGCAGGUGAACCCUCCCAAGUUCGAGAAAUGCGAGGACAUGUCCAAUCUGACCUACCUGAACGACGCUUCGGUGCUGCACAACCUCAAACAGCGCUACUACACCAAACUCAUCUACACGUAUUCGGGUCUGUUCUGCGUGGCCAUCAAUCCGUACAAGCGGUUCCCGAUCUACACCCUGCGCGCCAUCAAUAUCUACAAGGGCAAGAGGCGUAAUGAGGUGCCGCCGCACAUCUUCGCGCUGGCCGACGAGGCCUACCACGACAUGAUGGCCAAUGGAGUGAAUCAGUCCAUCCUUAUUACCGGUGAGUCUGGAGCCGGAAAAACCGAAAACACCAAGAAAGUCAUCACCUACUUCGCCAAUGUGGGCGCCACUGGCAAAAAGAAGACCCAGGAGCCCAGCAAGGGUAAUCUCGAGGACCAGGUCGUCCAGACCAACCCCGUGCUGGAGGCCUUCGGCAAUGCCAAGACCACCCGUAACGACAACUCGUCCCGCUUCGGCAAGUUCAUCCGUAUUCACUUCGGCCCGCUGGGCAAGCUGGCCGGCGCCGACAUCGAGACCUACCUGCUGGAAAAGGCGCGCGUCAUCUCUCAGGGCCCGCUGGAGCGCUCCUACCACAUCUUCUACCAGAUCAUGUCCGGCGCUAUCGACGGCCUGCUCGAUCGUCUGCUGCUCUCCACGGACAUCUACGACUACCACUACGUCUCCAACGGCAAGACCACCGUGGACAGCAUCGACGACCACGAGGAGAUGAAGAUGACGGACCAAGCGUUCGACGUGCUGGCCUUCACCCAGGCAGAGAAGGACAACAUUUACGCCAUCGUGUCGUCAGUGAUGCAGAUGGGCACGCUCAAGUUCAAGCAGCGCGGCCGCGAGGAGCAGGCAGAAGCGGACGGCACGGCUGAGGGCGAGAACGUCGCCAAGCUGCUGAAAACGGACGGCGUCGAGCUCUACAAGAACCUGCUGAAGCCCAGGAUCAAGGUCGGCAACGACUUUGUCAACCAGGGUCGCAACAAGGAUCAGGUGUACUACUCGGUGGGUGCGCUGGCCAAAAACAUGUACGACCGGCUCUUCAAGUGGCUGGUCAAGAAGGUCAACAUGACGCUGGACACCAAGCAGAAGCGCGCCUCAUUCAUCGGCGUGCUCGACAUCUUUGGCUUCGAGAUCUUUGACUUCAACAGCUUUGAGCAGAUGUGCAUCAACUUCACCAACGAGAAGCUGCAGCAGUUCUUCAACCACCACAUGUUCGUGCUGGAGCAGGAGGAGUACAAGCGGGAGGAGAUCGACUGGGUCUUCAUGGACUUCGGCAUGGACCUGCAGGCGUGCAUCGACCUCAUGGAGAAGCCCAUGGGCGUCCUCUCGAUCCUCGAGGAGGAGAGUAUGUUCCCCAAGGCCACCGACAAGACGUUCGAGGAGAAGCUGAAGACCAACCACCUGGGCAAGUGCCCCCUCUUCGUCAAGCCAAAGCCGGCCAAGCCGGGACAGAGCGAGUCGCACUUCGCCAUCGUGCAUUACGCGGGAACGGUGAACUAUAACCUGGUGGGCUGGCUGGAGAAGAACAAGGACCCGCUUAACGACACGGUGGUCGACCAGUUCAAGAAGAGCGGCAACGCUCUGCUGGUCGAACUAUUCGCCGACCAUCCCGGACAAUCGGCGCCAAAGGAGGAGGGUGGCGGCGGCGGAAAGGGUGGCAAGCGCGCCAAGGGCUCCGCGUUCCAGACCGUAUCUGCCAUGUACAGAGAGCAGCUGAACAACCUGAUGGCCACGCUGCAGGCCACGUCGCCCCAUUUUAUCCGCUGCAUCAUCCCCAAUGAGACCAAGUCGCCCGGUGUGAUCGACUCCCACCUGGUGAUGCACCAGCUCACCUGUAACGGUGUGCUCGAGGGCAUCCGUAUCUGCCGCAAGGGCUUCCCCAACCGGCUGCCCUACCACGACUUCCGUCACCGCUACAAGAUCCUCGCCGUCGAGGAGGUGAACAAGAUCAAGGACGACAAGGAGGCCUCGGCCGCGAUCCUAAACAAGAUCGAGCUCGACCAGGAAAAGUACCGGCUCGGACUCACCAAGGUGUUCUUCCGUGCCGGUGUGCUCGGCGACCUCGAGGAGCUGCGUGACGACAAGCUCAACAUGAUCUUCUCCUGGAUGCAGGCCCAGAUCCGCUCCUACUUUUCCCGCAGGGAAUACGAGAAGCUCAAGGAACAGAGGUCCAUGCUGCUGGUGGUCCAGCGUGCCAUCCGCAAGUACAUGCGUCUGAACGGCUGGCCGUGGUUCCGCCUCUGGAUCCGCGUCCGCCCCAUGCUCUACGAGACGCGCAUCGAGGACGAGAUCAAGAAACUGAAGGAGGAGGCGGAGGAGGCUGAGGCCAACCUGGAUGUGAUCUCCAAGGCGCGCCAGGAGUCCGAGGAGAACAACGUGCGUCUGAUGAAGGAGAAGGCCGACCUGGCCGCCCGGCUGGAGGCUGAGCGCGGCGAGAUGGGAGACGAGAUCGCCAAACAGCAGAAGCUGCAGGCGCAAAAGGCCGACCUCGAGAGCCAGCUCAACGAUGCCCAGGAGCGCCUCACCGCAGAGGAGGAGGAGCGCCAGAAGCUCUCCCAGGAGAAGCGCCGCAUGGAGCAGGAGAUCAGCUCAUUCCGCAAGGACCUCGAGGAGGUUGAGCUCAGCGCCAAGAAGCUGGACGCCGACAAGACGGCACGCGACCACCAGAUCCGCACGCUGAACGACGAGAUCGCCCAGCAGGACGAGCUGAUCAACAAGCUGAACCGCGAGAAGAAGCGUCUCCAGGAGAACCAGCAGAAGACGGUGGACGACUUCGGAAGCCAGGAGGACAAGGUCGGCCACCUGCUCAAGGUGAAGGCCAAGCUGGAGCAGACGCUGGACGAGCUGGAGGACUCGUUGGAGCGCGAGAAGAAGACGCGCGCCGAAAUGGACAAGGCCAAGCGGAAGGUGGAGGGCGACCUCAAGCUGACUCAGGAGGCCGUGGCUGAUUUGGAGAAGAACAAACGCGAGCUCGAGCAGACCAUGCUGAGGAAGGACCGCGAGAUCGCCCAGCUGUCCACCAAGCUGGAGGAGGAGCAGUCCCUGGUGACCCGGCUGCAGAGGAUCAUCAAGGAGCUCCAGGGCAGGAUCGAGGAGCUGGAAGAGGAGCUGGAGUCGGAGCGCCAGGGCCGCGCCAAGGCCGAGAAACAGCGUGCCGACCUGGCCCGUGAGCUGGAAGAGCUGACCGAGCGUCUGGAAGAGGCCGGCGGAGCCACCGCCGCCCAGAUGGAGCUCAACAAGAAACGCGAAAACGAAAUCGCCAAACUGCGCCGCGACAUUGAGGAGCAGACCAUCCAGCAGGAGGCGACCAUGGCCGGACUGCGACGCAAGCACAACGACGCCAUCACGGAGAUGGCCGAACAGAUCGACCAGCUCAACAAGUCCAAGGCCAAGGCCGACCGCGAGGGCGAGCACCUGCGCAGUGAGACCCAGGAGCUGCGCUCCGCGCUUGACCUCACCAACAACGAGAAGGCGGCGGAAGAGAAGCAGACCAAGGCGCUGCAGGAGCAGCUGGCCAGCAUCAACUCCAAGCUGGAGGAGGCCAACCGAACCCUCGGCGACUUCGACACCUCCAAAAAGAAGCUGGCCAUGGAAAACUCUGACCUGCUGCACGAGGUGGAGCAGGCUGAGUCGCAGGUGUCGCAGCUGCAGAAGCUGCGCAGCAGUCUUCAGUCGCAACUGGACGAGUGCAACCGCGUCUGUGACGAGGAGAGCCGCGAGCGCGCCACCAUCCUCGGCAAAUACCGCAACCUGGAGCACGACCUGGACACCAUGCGAGAGUCGGUGGACGAGGAGGCCGAGAGCAGGUCGGACCUGACGCGCCAGGUGGCCAAGGCCCAGGCCGAGUGCUCGCUCUGGCGCAACAAAUACGAACAGGAGGGCGUCGCCAGGGCCGAGGAGCUCGAGGAGCAGCGCAGGAAGCUGGCCGUCCGCCUUCAGGAGGCCACCGAGCAGCUGGAGGUGCUCAACCAGAAGAACAUCAGCCUCGAGAAGAUCAAGCUGCGGCUGACUGGAGAGAUCGACGAGAUGCACGUAGAGGUGGAGCGCGCCCAGCAGCUGGCAGCCCAGAUGGAGAAGAAGGCGAAGGGCUUCGACAAGAUCAUCGCCGAGUGGAAGAUGAAGGUGGAUGACGUUGCCUCGGAGCUGGACGCCUCCCAGCGGGACUGCCGUAACUACAGCACCGAGCUGUACCGCGUGCGGGGCGCCUUCGACGAGAGCAACGAGCAGCUGGAGGCCGUCAAGCGCGAGAACAAAAACCUGGCCGACGAGGUCAAGGACCUGAUGGACCAGAUUAUGGACGGUGGUCGCAGCCUGGCCGAGGUGGAGAAGCUCCGCCAGCGGGUUGAGCAGGAGAAGGAGGAGCUCCAGUCGGCUCUGGAGGAAGCCGAGACCGCCCUGGAGCAGGAGGAGAACAAGGUGCUGCGCGGCCAGCUGGAGCUCGGCCAGGCGCGACAGGAGAUCGAGCGCCGCAUCCAGGAGAAGGAGGAGGAGUUUGAGAACGCGCGCCGCAGCCACCAGCGCCAGAUGGAGUCCAUGCAGGCCUCUCUGGAGGCCGAGGCCAAGGGCCGCACCGAGGCCAUGCGCAUGAAGAAGAAACUCGAACAGGACAUCACCGAGCUGGAGGUGGCCGUCGAGCGCGCAAACGUCGAGACCUUCGAGACCCAGAAGAACAUCAAGCGCGUACAGAACGAGCUGCGUGAACUGCAGACUCAGCUGGAGGAGGAGGAGCGCUCCAAGGCGGAGGUACGAGAGGCGCUCGGCCUGUCCGAGAGGAGAGCCAACGCGCUGCACAACGAGCUGGAGGAGACGCGCACGCUGCUGGAGCAGGCCGACCGCGGCCGCCGACAGGCGGAAGCGGAGCUCGGCGACGUGCAGCAGCAGCUCUCCGAGACGGAGGCCAACUACAACAGCGCCGCCAUGGCCAGGAACAAGCUCGAGGAGGAGGUGAAGACCCUGCACGUCGACCUCGACGAGAUGCUCAACGAGGCGCGCACCUCCGAGGAGAAGGCCAAGCGCGCUAUGAUCGAUGCCGCCAGGCUGGCGGACGAGCUCCGCGCCGAGCAGGAGAACGCCCAGCAGCAGGAGGCCAGCCGAAAGUCCAUGGAGAUCACCGUCAAGGACCUCACCGUCCGCCUGGACGAGGCUGAGGCCAACGCCGUCAAGAACGGCCGACGCAUCAUCUCGAAGCUGGAGGAGCGUCUGCGAUCGCUGGAGUCGGAGCUGGACCACGAGCAGCGCCGCCACAGUGACGUGACCAAGAACCUGCGGAAGGCCGACCGGCGCAUCAAGGAGCUCGUCUUCCAGGCGGACGAGGACAAGAAGAACCACGUGCGCAUGCAGGACCUGGUCGACUCGCUGCAGCAGAAAAUCAAGACCUACAAGCGGCAGAUCGACGAGGCCGAGGAGAUUGCCGCGCUCAAUCUCGCCAAGUAUCGCAAGUGCCAACAGGAGGUGGAGGCCGCCGAGGAGCGUUGCGACCAGGCAGAGUCGACCCUGGCCAAGUUCCGCGCGCGCGGCCGCGGCGCCUCCACGGCGCGCGGUGUCACGCCGGCCAAGUAGACGGUGCACGGCGGCGGCGGUGGCGGGCGCCCGCCGGCAGCCCCUGGCGCCGCGGGCCCGCGCCUGUCGCCCCACCACCCUCCCACCCUGUCCCAUCCUCCGCUUGUAGUACGCUAGAAUGUCGCGGUGCUCGUGUGUCUUCACGCAAUGAUGAAUAAAAAACCAAGGUGAAACA